UGGGAACUUCUUUCAAGGAUCAAUUCCACCAACAUUCAGUAGUCUAAAAGGUCUUCGAUACCUGGGUCUUUCACGCAACAACUUAUCUGGGAAGAUUCCAAGAUAUCUGGAGAAGUUUGCUCUAGAGUAUCUAAAUCUAUACUUCAAUAAUUUCGAGGGUGAAUUACCAAAACAAGGGGUCUUUGGAAAUGCCAGUCGAGUUUCAGUGCUCGGAAAUAGUAAGCUUUGUGGGGGUAUUCAUGAAUUACAAUAUCCUCCAUGCUCUAGCCAAGCUUCCAAGAAAAGGGGGAUCUCUCUUGCUUCAAAAGUCAAAUUCUCAGUAAUUGGUGUUGUCCUGUGUCUUAUUUCAUUAUCAUGUUUCUUUACCAUUCUUUAUUGGGUAAGAAAGUCGAGAAGCAAACCUUUUGCUGUGCCUUCUGUGGAGGAUCCCUUUCUGAACGUAUCUUAUGCGGAGCUCUUGAAAGCAACAGAUGGGUUCUCUUCUGCCAAUUUAGUUGGCACCGGAAGUUUUGGCGUCGUAUAUAAAGGGAUUCUAGAUCGUGAUGGGACUAUGGUAGCAGUGAAAGUCUUCAACCUUCAAUGACAAGGAGCUCUGCGGAGCUUCAUGGCCGAAUGCAAUGCCUUGAGAAACAUUAGGCAUCGGAAUCUUGUUAAGAUCUUAACUUGUUGCUCGAGCAUUGAUUUUAAGGGCAAUGAUUUUAAAGCUCUAGUUUACGAGUACAUGCCCAAUGGAAGUCUAGAGAAGUGGUUGCAUAUGAAGGGCCAUGACCAGCUGAGAAGGAACUUGAAGUUUACUCAAAGGCUAAACAUAGCUAUAGAUGUGGUUUCUGCACUGGAUUAUCUACAUAAUCUUUGUCAAACAUCAAUCAUUCAUCAAGAUUUAAAGCCAAGCAACAUUCUUCUUGAUGAUGACAUGAUUGCUCAUGUGAGUGAUUUUGGGUUAUCCAGGUUCUUAUCUGAGGUUUCUCAAAGCAGCUCAGUUGGUAUGAAGGGAUCUAUCGGGUACAUUGCUCCAGAAUCUCCAAGAAAACGAAUGCAUAUGAGAGAUGUUGUUGCUGAAAUGCAUGCAAUCAACGACUUGUAUCUUGGGGUCGGGAUUCACCGAGACAGACAGGUCAGGUUGCAAAUAUUAGAUGAAGGUUUGUCUUACCUCAAUCAUUACUAAGUUCUUAUUGGAAGUUAUGUUGAAAAAGAUUUCCAAAUAAAAAGAGUUUGUUGAAUGCUUCUCUAAACAAGCUCUAUAUAUUUUUAAUCUUGUCUUAAGAGUCUACUUGUAUUGAUAUUGAAUAUAUGAGAUGUAUUUCUCUCUUCUUCUU